AUGCCACUUAAUGUCAUGAAAACUCGGAUGAUGAAUGCACCAUCUGGCAUAUAUAAUAACUUAAUGGACUAUUUUAAGGAUAUAUUUACAGUUGGCCCAAGUGGAUUUUUUAAAGGAUUUGUACCAACUUUUAUUCGGCUUGGUCCACAUACAAUUUUAAUGAAUUUAUCUUAUGGAAAUGACAAUAAAGAUUAUGAACAUUCAUAUCAAGAAAAAUGGCGUAUAGUUUCACCUCGUAAAAUAUUACCAAUGAUUUUACUUAAUAAAUCAUUAUUAUCAACAAUUGAUUCAGUCAUCAAUAUUGAUUUAUUAAGAACAACUGCAGUUGGUUCAACAAUUUUACAUUUUGGAAUAAAUAAUAGAUUUAAUAUUACACAAUGA